UUCAAUCUGGUUUCUUUUUUCUAUUGUUUCUCUAAAGAAUGGGUAGAAUUUAUCCAGCGGAGAACAGAAUAGACGACGAAAAGCCAGUGGUGCGAAGCCACCGCGUAAGCUCAUGGACAGUGUGGAAGAAGUCGAGCAUGGCAUUUCAAGGCACAGAUGGUUUCUCAGUGUAUGAUAGCAAUGGAGGACUAGCUUUCAGAGUAGAUAACUACUCGAGAAGACACAAACGUCUCGCCGGUGAACUCGUGCUCAUGGACGGUGCUGGUGCCGUCCUUUUCGCUCUCCGACCACAGAUAUUCAGCAUGCAUGAUCAGUGGAAUGGAUUCAAAGAAGAAAAAGAAGGAUUGAGAGCAGGAUCAAAAAGGCAUGUUUUCUCAAUGAGGAAGAGAUCAGUGCUUCAGAGCAGCGACGAAACAGAUGUGUUUAUGGUGAGUUCAGGGGGACAUCUUUCGCCGAAGCCAGAUUAUCGCAUAGAGGGCUGUUUCUGGAGAAGAAACUGCAAGAUUCGGGGAAGCUCCGGCGAGGUGCUGGCGAAGAUAUCACGGAAGAAGGCAAACAGCUCAACGAUCCUGAGUGACGAUGUUUUUAGUCUGACAGUCGAGCAAGGAGCAGAUUGUGAGCUGAUCAUGGCUUUCAUGGUUGUCUUGGACAGGAUUUGUCAAAAACCAUUCAGUCCCAUUUUGUGUUCUAGCAAUGCAGUCCAUUGAUCUGUUGAUGUUUCCAUCAACAUUGAAUGUAUAUUUAACUGAGCCAAUAACAAAGAUAGUUUUGUAAAUAUAUCACUACUCUGUGGGCAAUAUCCUGUGCUAUAAUUUCAACACAAACAUCUCAAGAUCUAUUCGGACAA